AGUAUACACGCCUGCUGGUGAUGGUGGCGCUGAGCUGCAUGCUGAUGAUCCUCCACCUUCUCCACGCUCUCCCCGCUACCAUCCGUCUCACUGACUAGGUCCAAGAUCGCUAUAGGCGCAGCUCUGAGGUCACGACAGUCAUGACAACGCGAGACUAAGAAGUCAGAUUUUGGCCUUGCACGCCGUCAAGAUGUCACUCGAAGAGCUCUUCAACGUCACGCGAGCCGCCGCAAAGGCUCGCCGAUUCGGUGGAGCGGAGGAGGACGAAGAGGAUGCCAAGCACAAUUAUGGAUACUCUGCAGCAGAUCGAAUUGAUCCCGUUGUGGUUUGCGCUUUCUGCUCAAAGCGAAAUUCGGCAUACACAUGUCCUCAGUGCAACGCUCGAUACUGCAGCCUGGCAUGCUUUCGCUCACCGCAGCACGACAGAUGUUCCAAGCCUUUUGUAGAUCGCGUGCUGCGAGAGGAACUGGGAGAAGAAGGUUUUGCAGGCGCCCACGGCUUCAAAGCGACGGAUGCAGAGCGUACGGAGGUAAUGGAGCUUCUCAGAAGGUUUCGACAACAGCAAAUCGAGGAUGAGACGGGAGUCGAUGCUCAUGACGCAUCGGAUGAAGAGUGCGAUAAUGAUAAUGCGUCUCUACAGCUACCCGCCGAUUUUGAUCCAGAGAGCGCAGAUACUUCACAGAUCAUAUCGGCACUGUCACAUUCACAGCGCGACGCGUUCCUUGCUUUUGCCCUUCAAGAUCACAAGCGCGCUCGGAAUGGCGAGGAGGAGGACGGACCGUGGUGGACCGCAUCGUCGUCAAAGCGAAGACUGCCAAGUCGGAAGAGCAAAGAAUUCAGUGAUGAGGCCAGCAGAUUGAGACCGCCGACGGAAGCCGCAUCGCUGCGCUACAACUUGCUGGCUGUACUCCUAGUGUACGCCCACCUCACUCGACACUUGGACGUCUCCGCACUUCAGGAGGUGAUGCUCUUUGACGACAACAAGAAAUCUCAGCAAGCAUCCGAGACACUGAGUACUGGGGCUCACGGGAGUGCUCCGACGCAAGAAGAGGAGUACAAGUAUGCCGAUAUGCCACCUCUCGAGAAUGUGCCUGACACGGGAGGCCAGUCGCUCGCAACCGUGCCCGAGCGGCCUGCCGAGCCAGAACAAGGACCAGAAGUUGAGGACGGUGCUCGACGCCCCGUCCCAGCAUUGAGCCGCCCUGAAGAAAGGCUGAAACAUGAUGCGCUGUCAUCGAUCAUGGCACAAGAAGCGGCGACACAGAAGAGAGUGGCAAAGGAUAUUGCAGCGCGCGCACUGCCAUUCGUCAACGCGAUCAAGGGCGAACAGUCUAGGACGCAAUUUGGGAGCGUCGAAGAGGUGGCCUUUGAUGUCUUGAGUCGGCUUGGGAGGCAUUGGCGUGAAUCUGCAGCGCAGAUGCUCGCGCUGCUUCAGGAUUCCCUUCGCUUGAUUUUCCCAGCUGUAGAAGAGGAGACUGGAUCGUCGUUAUUGGAGCUCGCACUCUCCGACCUUGCGCUGGUCCUUUCGCAGCACGGCAGGAAGAAGAUGGUCUUUUACGCGGCAAUGUGGCGAAGCGCAGUCGCAGACAAGAUCAGGCAAGAUUUCAAAGAAGAGAUUCAAUCCCAUUGCGAGGUACUACAGAAUGAAUUAAAUCGCGCGGUAGAGGAGGAGAGGUUGGAUGCGGUGAGGGAGAGAGAGGAGAAUGCUGCGAAUAUGCUGAACGACCGCCGUGUACCAGCUGCAAAUAGCAGAAUUCGAGAAAUGUCAUAGCUCUCGAAGCAAAGGAGUCGAAUCAAGAG